AUGAAUCCAACAACAUUUAAUGACACGGGUAUUUCACCAACAAACAGUUCAGAGAACUUAAAAAACGCUGAAGCUGAUGGAGUCCCACUUUCCAAAUUAACUCCUGAAGAAUUGAAACUUUACAAACUAUAUGGGAAACUACCCUCAAAAAGAGAUUUAUUCAAACAUAACAUGCAAGAAAGAAAAUAUUUCGAUAGUGGGGAUUAUGCAUUGAAAAAAGCAGGUUUGCUUCAUAAAGAUGAUAUGAACUCGAAUCUAAAUAGUACAAAUACUUUGCCUGUAACAAAUCCUAGUGGGUUAAGGGAAUCAAUAAUACGGAGAAGAAUGAGCACUAGUACCGGCACUGACAACGACACCGUAGCUAGACAAGGAAGUAUAUCUAGUGGUCCACCACCAAAGUCACCAAACAAAUAA